AUGGACAUUCAGACGGCUGUCAUGAUAAUUACAAAAGCAUGGAUUAGAUACAGAGACAAGCAAAUGUUCAGGCUUCUCAAACAUUCAGUGUGUGCUGCGGAAAACUCAUUGUCUUUUGAAAUUCUGCGUAAAGUGUCACCUCUUGAGGCAAAGAUGUUAUGUGAUAAAAGUCAGCAGGUCAAAGUACGAUUCAGAUUUGGGGGAGAAGAAUUCCCUCCCCUGAUUUUCUUCAAAAUAUUUAUUCAUGGGGCAGCACCAAGAGUAAACUACAUAAGUGGCAGGAAAAUGAUACGCCCAACAUCAGAGGCAGCAGAGGACUCUCUACGUCAGAUGGGUAAAAGACUGUUCUAUGACCAUCUCCUGAAGGAUGCUAUACAACACCAGCAUUAUUCUGUCACUGAUGAAAUAGACAUCACAACACUGAAGGAUUACAUGCAGUACCUGGCUGUUUUGGAUGAAAGUCCAGCUUGGCAAGGUGGCAAAGAAAACUAUUGGAGAAAAUUAACACUUGAUGAUUUACCACGACACACAAUGUUCUUUGAUGUUGUUGACUUUGCAUACAACAACCAAGUCACAUCAGAACUGAAAGAGACCAUUUGUACUUUGAUGAUGAAACCUGUUACCCAAGAAAUUCAGAUUCAACAUAUACAGGCCAUCUCAAAGUUGAAGGCACAGAGACAGUCAGGUGCUCCACCUCAAGCUCUUCAUAAAUCUAAAGCAGCUGAAAUAAUAAGUGACAGUCGGACCUCUAGCAGACGUUCCAAACAAGCUAGGUUAAAGGCAUCAAGAAUGAGGCAUCUUUACAGCAGAGAACAUGCUGAACAAAACUUGAAUGACAAGUUUCACGACGAGAUAUUGCAAGAAAAGUCUGUAACACUAAAAGAUGACGAGGAAGAGGAGCUGGAUGCAGAGGCUAGCCUACUUUAUGAGUGGACACAAGAACUGUCUUUCCAGGAUGAUCUCAUUCAAAUCCCUUAA